UUGAACCGAAAGCUCGCGGGGUCUCGAGCGGGGGCUGGGAUUCCGGGUACGGCGUGGUGAGGGCGCCCUAGGUUGGUUCAGGAGUAGGGAAUGGGUUUUUUUUCCUUAGCUGUCCAAGCUGCAACUGGCUUACAUGGUUUCACGGUUAAAGCAUCAUCCCAGGGAAGGUAUCGUAGGAGAAAAAAAACUAACUUGAGGUUCCUGAGGUGGAAAAAAUUGUGCCUCGGCCCUUGGGUCCGGAGAGUCGUGCCUCUUCCAUCCUUUACUUAAGGAACUAAACCAGAAUCAUUAUGUCUGGUUUAUGGAAAAAAGAAAAUUAAUCCCGUUUGUAGAGUCGAGACUUGUUUGAGGUCGCAGAAUCCUGGGGGAAAUGCCUGUCUCUGGCUUAAGAGGUAGGCAGGUGCGGUGAAAACGGAACCCCGCCGAGUGGCACACUUCCCGGUUCUGUUCCGCGUCCUUGCUGUAAGGAAAGAACCUAGAUGCUGAAGCCUGUGAAAUUUUGGUUCCAGACCCUAAAAUGCUGUGGCAGAGAGCUAGGGAGUGAGUCAUCAAAAGCCCAGGGAAGAGCUUAGUGGGUUUUAGCUUAGUGCCUAUAAGGUGAGGGCACGUCGGUAGGCACUUCAGGGUUAGUUAUGUAAAUUAUAUUGAUACAUGGCAAAUGAAAGCGAUGGGUUGGUACCCUUGGAGACCUCCAGGCUUGAUUUAACUGAUCUGAAAGGCUGUGUGGACAGAGUAAAUGAGGGCUCGAGGGACUGGGAGUUGUUCCUGCAGCCAACUGGUAAUUAAAGAACGGGAGUUUGGAUAGCGUAUAGAAUGGCGGCCGGAAAGUUUUCAUCAUCUUCCACGGAACUAGAAGCUCUGGAGACCGAGGACUUACGGAUUCGAAAACCAAAAAUGAAGAGACCUCUUUGUCACGGAGUCCAGAUAUCUAAGAAGACAUAUGUAAUACGCUGAUGCUUCCUACCUGAGAGUAUGAUUUGAGUCUGGAUGAAAUGAGAGCUUUGACAUUUCAGAGAGUGAUGGUUACCAUGGGUCUGCCUCUGAUAAAAGGCAGAGAAAACAACGAAUUUUGUCAGUCGGAGCCUGGUCAUAGGAGAAGUCCUCUCAUAGCAGACAUGGCCCCAGGAGUAAAGGAGCAGAAAUACACGGGGAUGUUUGCAAUGACCGAGAGGGGCCACAGGAGCAACGUGAGAGGGAUCCGGACAGAAGCCACCUUUGACCUCUCUGCACAGGAGUUUGUAAUCGACACACCAUGCGAAAAUGCUGAGAAGAUGUACAUUGGAAACGCCAUGUACGGGAAUUAUGCAGCAGUCUUUGCCCAGCUCAUCAUAAACGGAAGAUCUCAAGGGCCCCACUGUUUCAUCGUUCCUGUCCGCGAUGAAAAUGGAAGCAUGUACCCAGGAGUGACAGCUAUUGAUAUGAUGUAUAAAGAAGGUCUGCAUGGUGUUGAUACCGGGAUUCUGAGAUUUGACAAGGUUCGGAUACCAAGGGAGAAGCUGCUGGAUAAGUUUGGUUCUGUGGCUCCAGAUGGGCAGUACCACUCCCCCAUUAAGAACAAGAGUGCAAGAUUCAAUGCCAUGUUGGCGGUGCUGACCCCUUCGAGACUGUCUGUGACUUUCCAAGCUACAGGCUCUAUGAAGCUUGGGUUGACGAUAGCCAUUCGCUAUAGCCACAGGUAUGCCGGUAUCCUUCUGGACGAGGACGUCUUCCGAGGUUAGGAGCUUGUUGGCAGUCGCCCGCCGCAGGUGCUGGUGGCAGGGCUGAAGGCCUACAGUACCUGGGAGAACAUCGGCUACCUGCAGGACGGCCGAGAGUGCACCGGAGGCCUGGGUUACAUGAUGGAAAACGGAAUCUCAGGCUUAAAACGUGACACAGAUAUGUUUGUAACUUUUGAAGGUGACAGUGUUGUAAUGCUGCAGGUUGUGGUUCAGGAACUGCUGGCUCAGUACACCAAGCAGUAUGAAGAAAGACCCAUCUCUAGCCUGCUCCAAAACUGGACGGAAUCAGGGGGUGACAAGCUGAGAACCAGUUUCCUGGCGUUUAACAUGGACACAGUCGGUAAUCUCGCCUUUCUGUUGAAAGCAGUCAAUUUUCAUGAAGGGUUCUUCAGCGGGGUUUGGUGGCCCGGAUUUAUUAUAAGUUCUCCAGGCAUGGAGUGACCUGAAUAAAAACCGUCUCACGUUCUGUGUCCCUCGCCUUCGGAUUGUUUCUUCGACGCCUGUCAGAGCUCAAGAAUUGGCAACUGGUGGUGGCCACGCUUGUUUGGCAGGUGACGAGCGAGAACGAGGACUUUUCCAGUGCCUGGAACUCAUGUCUUCACCACGUCACCUGCCUGUCUCUGGCACACAUUCACAGAGUGACUUUAGAGCAGUUCUCCCUGCCCGGGAGGAGCUGUCCUGAAAAGAGGACCAGGCUUUGUUAAAAAAGUUUUGUCUGCUAUAUGGAACCAAACUGAUGUUCCAGGAGCAAGCCUGGUAUCUAGAACAUAAAUAUUUGACUCCCCUGGCCAGCAUGAAGAUUAGGCGUCAGGACUCUGCUAUGAGUCCAUUUCUUGCAGGCUGACUUCAGAAAUUGGCCUUGUUACCUCCAGCUGACCUCAACUGCAUCAUUCCACAGUUAUUAAGGUACAAUGUCCUGUCUGUACACACCUGCGGGGAGAAAAAAUUACUGAAGAUUUAAGAUCUUUUAAUUUUUUUUCUGUAUUAAAUGAGUUUGAUUGUGUUUAAAAAAAUGUUUAUUCUAUUGUUGAUGGACAUUUAGGAUGUUAUGGAUUUGGUGUUAUUAUGAAUAAGAUUGUCAGGAUCAUUUUUUUUGCACAUAUGUUUUCAUUUCUUUUGGAAAUACUUAAAAGUGGUAUUAAUGGAUGUUAUAGUAGGCAUUUAUUUAACUGUCUAAAAAACUACUGUAAACAGUUCUCCAAAAGUUGUGAUACCAUUUACAACUUUACUAGCAGUGUAUAAGAGUUCUGUUGUUCCACACCCUCACUGACAUUUUGAUGUCGUCAACCUUUUUAAUUUAGGUAUUCCAAUGGGUACGUAGUAAUAUCUCAUUGUGUAUUCAUUUUCAUUUUCCUGAUAUUUAAUGGUUUGGGGCACCCUUUUGAGUGCUUCCUUGUUUUUCAUGUGUCUUUUGUCAAGUGUCUGUUUAAAUCUUUUGCCCAUUUUAAACUGUGUGCUGUUGUUAUUGUUUUUAAAAACACCAAGUUGU